UAUCAACCUUAUUUUCCAUUCUAAUCACAACAACCCACCAACAUAGUUAUGGCUUCCUCACACAACUAUGUUCUUGCUGUGUUAGUUUUGGCCACAAUCCAAUUCAAAGCCAUUGCAGGUUCCCAUGACCACCUUCAACACCUCAAAUCCCUUCACUUCUCACUGUUCCAACAUGAAACCAUAAACAAAACAGGGUAUAUCAUAGUGGAAGGUAUAAAAGGAGGAGCAGGAGUGAGUCAAACCACAACCCCUUUUGGCACCUUAUUUGCCUUUCAGGACCCUUUGACAGUUGCAGCCAACAGAUCCUCCAAACUGGUUGGGAUCUCAGAAGGAACUACAGUGACAUCUAGUCUUGAUGGCCUUCGAAGCAUUUCAAUUGCGAAGCUAACUCUUCGUUUGAAGCACCAUAAAGGGUCCCUUUCUGUUGUUGGUGUCACUGAUAACGUGAAAUCCUCGAAUCUUCCAGUGGUAGGAGGCACUGAAGAUUUCUUGUUUGUGCAAGGCUAUGUUACUUCUUCUCCUGUUGAUCUUACGGGUCUCACUGUUACCUACAAGAUUCAAUUUCAUCUUUACUGGCCUCCUUAUGCAACUCCAUCCUCAUGAUCAUGAGGUAGAUUGCAUGUAUUACUUCCAUGCACUCACUGAUCUGUGAUGUAUUCAUUCUUAAGAUGCUGCUUCAACUGGUUAAUAAUCAAUCUUGUUGUUUUGUUUUUAAGUUAAAGUUAAGAAUAAAAGCUGGAGUGAAAGAUGUUUGUUAGUUUUUCUUAAGCUGAAAACCUCCUUUUAAGCUAAAAAUGAUUAGUAAAGUUAUAUUUCUUUUAGUGUCCAAUGAAAGGUAAAAUUAAGAAAAUUAAAGAUGACAAAAUGCAUUACAGUGUGAUGGUCACUAAACAAGAAUGAGAUUGGAGGAGUCCACAAUAGCAAUUUUAAAGAGAAUAUAGAAGAGAAAAGUACUAAAGAGAGAGAUAAAAUAAAUGUCUCUCUCUACCACGCUCAUGUAUCUUGAUAUUUAAUUGAUUUUCCAUGUGUAAUCCUUAUGGUAUAAGUUGGAUUUUUUUUU